CCUAUAUACACUCUCAAGCUGAAGAGCGACUUCUUUUGCAUUGAACUAUUUCAACAUUUCUGUUUUACUUUGUGUUGUUGUGCUGUAGUUUGACAGGACUAGAUAGAUAAAGUGUUGGUCAAGUCAGUUAAUCGGACUCUUUUCGCAAUGCCGGUGCAUAACACUAACGUUGCAGCAUCUGUUAGAAAGGGCUCAAUUGUUCAGAGGGUAACGUUACCUGGUGCGAAGUCAGUCAAAGCAGCUACAACUAAGAAAAAGGAUCAUGAAGAAGAGGGUGUGGAUACGGGUGAUGGAUGGGAGGAGUGGUCUGGCAAAGCUCUUAAUAAGCCUCCAGAUCAACUGGAGCUCACUGAGGCUGAGAUGAAAGAGGAAAUCACAAGGAUCCUGACUGCAAACAACCCACAUGCCCCCCAGAAUAUUGUCCGCUACAGCUUCAAGGAGCGUUCCUACAAGCCCACCAGUGCUGUGGAUCAGAUGGCUGUUCACUUUGUAUUGGAGGGCAGCCUCCUGCAUCAAGACUCUGAUGAGGCACGUAGACUGAGGGCCAAGGAGAGUCUACCUGACGAGACUGCCACCGUCGACACUGGAGCAGAACCUGAUGAGGAGAAACCAGAAACCCCGGCUACCCCUGUAGAGGAUGGAGGGGAAGUGGAGGAAGCUGGAGAAGAGGACAGACCAGACAGUGUUGCCUCCAAAACCGACAAGAAGGAGCCAAAAAUUACUAACCAGUUCAACUUCAGUGAGAGGGCCUCGCAGACCCUGAAUAACCCACUAAGGGAAAGAAGCUGCCAGACUGAACCUCCUCCACGCAGCAUCUUCUCUGCCACCGCUAGUCAGUGGAAGAUCUAUGAUGCGUACGUGGAGGAGCUGCAGAAACAAGAAAAAAAUAAAGAGAAGCAGAAAGCCGUACUGUCAAAGAAAGAUAAUGAGAAAAGCAAAAAGAAGAUGAUGGUGAUGGAGACUCAGAAUGAUGACAUCACCAAGGUGGGCAAAGCGUCCAAGAUCUUUGAACGAAUGGUCAAUCAGAAUACAUUUGAUGACAUAGCACAAGAUUUCAAAUACUACGAGGAUGCAUCUGAUGAGUUCAGGGACCAGGAGGGCACCCUUCUCCCCUUGUGGAAAUUCCAGUAUGACAAAGCCAAAAGAUUGUGUGUCACUGCCCUCUGUUGGAAUAAGAAAUAUCAGGACCUUUUUGCUGUAGGAAUGGGAUCGUACGACUUCAGUAAACAGGGACGUGGCAUGCUUGUUUUCUACUCAUUGAAGAACUCUGCCUUCCCAGAGUACAUCUACCCCACUAAUUCUGGCAUCCUGUGUCUCGACAUCCACGAGCAGCAUUCCUACCUGGUGGCGGUAGGCUUCUAUGACGGCUGCGUGGCUGUCUACAACUUGAAGGAGGAGGGACUUGAGCCUGCGUAUAAGAGCACAGCUAAGACUGGCAAGCACACUGACCCCGUGUGGCAGGUGCGCUGGCAGAGCGAUGACAUGGACAAUAACCACAAUUUCUAUUCAGUGUCAUCUGAUGGCCGAGUUGUGUCCUGGACACUCGUCAAGAACGAGCUGGUCUUUACAGAUAUUAUCAGACUGUCACUGAAUGGUGCAGUCUCUGAAGGGCCAGAAGGUGGACCACAGCCCAGGAUCGCUUGUGGUACAUCGUUUGACUUCCACAAACAGAUCGACUAUCUCUUCCUAGUUGGCACAGAGGAGGGGAAAAUACACAAGUGCUCGAAGACUUACUCAAGCCAGUUCCUGGAGACCUAUGAUGCCCACAGCAUGGCAGUGGAUGCUGUAAAGUGGAACCACUUCCACCCGAAGGUUUUCAUCUCUUGCAGUUCAGACUGGACCGUCAAGGUCUGGGACCAUACCAUCAACACUCCGAUGUUCACCUUUGACCUGAAUGCAGCUGUUGGUGAUGUUGCCUGGUCUCCAUACUCAUCCACUGUAUUUGCUGCUGUCACAACAGAUGGAACAGUUCAUGUUUUUGACCUCAACAUCAACAAAUAUGAGGCCAUCUGCCAGCAGCCAGUGGUGGCCAAAAAGAAGACCAAGCUGACUCACAUUGAGUUUAAUCCCAUCUAUCCUAUCAUCAUAGUGGGCAAUGACCGAGGCUAUGUCACCAGCCUCAAACUCUCCCCUAACCUCCGCAAGAAACCCAAGAUGAAAAAGGGUCAGGAGCAGCCUAAGGGUCCAGAAGUAGAAAUAGCCAAGAUGGAGAAGCUCCUCAGUCUGCUGAGGGAACCAGAGCAAAGCACAGUUUAACACGGCCACCGUGGCUUCUCUCUCCCCAACAGAACAACAUGGUACAGUCUUUAAUUCUCAUUCAUUCAUUAAAAAAAACACUUCUUCUGCUCAGCGCGUGCAACAGUAAACAGCAUCGUCAUAACAAGAAAUCAAUUUGUAUGUGUUUAUUAAAAAUGUUUUUUUUUUUUUCUGAUCUCUCUUAAGAUGUUUAAUAAAUCCUUCAUAUACAAUUAACAAUGCAUUCAUUUAUACUGCAGUACUUGAUACAUAUUAAACAGGCAACAUUAGAAUUCCACUGACUUUAUUGACCUUUUCCGCAGGGAUUUAUUAAACCCAUUCCGUAUGUAUUGUACAAGUUCAUUAAGCUAAAAUGUGAGGGGGGAGAGUUACUGCAAGUGAACGGGGAGAUAAAUUAGCGUAAUAGAUUGCGCAUUUAUGGACCAUAUCCAGACAACUUAUCUUGGCUGGCACACGCCGUCCUGGGCACCAGUCCAAGGAUGAGCUAGGAGCCUUUUAAAAUCCCAUCCACAGGGAGAACUUUGCUUUGAGUCACGGCAGUGUCCGUCUUUAUUUUGCCUUAUUUCUCCAUUCCUCUCUGUCCUAAUGAUCUUGUCCUUCAGUAAAGUGCCACCCAGUGCCUUGAUGCUCAACUGGAAUCAAAUGCUGCCACAGAACUCUGUGCUACACCGAGCUCCUCCGCCCUUCACGUAUUCCUGCGAACACAUGCAGCAUUCUUUCCCUUAAGUGUGAUUCAUUACUAUAUCUCGGCAAGUUUAGUUAGAGAUGGCCACUCAGUCACCUUAUUUUUACAGACAAUGCAUAACAAAUGUUUGUGGCCAGUAAUGAUAAUACAGCUUAAACCGUUACCUCAUUACCGUGGUAAUAGGACUCAUCCUGCAAAGUGGGUCAAAUAAGAGUUUGUUCUACUCUUUGUCUGAUUUGUUUAUGUUGCAUUUUUGUAGAUUGUUGUAGCCACAUGUAUCACUUUUGGGUUGGGUGGAAGAGAGGUGCAGUGGUUUGAAAGAGCAAAACAACUGUAGUAUUACCAGAGGGGAAGUCCACCCUUGUGUACUGUUACUCAUGCAUUAGCAAUAUGUGAUAUUCCGUGAGUUCCAGGAGCUACCUGAUGAGGUGUUGUAUAAUGUGCUUUUUUUCUGUAUCAACUGUCUCUUGUGUUGCUGAAAUCUGCUUCAGUCAAUUGUUUUUAAUAAAAUGACUUCCAACAACCUCCUCAUUGGGA